CGCGCGCCCGCAGCGGCCCCGCGCCGGCUCAUCGCGACAUCGCCAUGGCGCUCUCGAUGUACACGAAGCCCCACGACGGCUCGAUCAAGUCCAAGGUGGUCGCGAGCCUCGGCGAGCACGACAUCGCGUUCCUCCCGCUCGCAUCCUACGACGGCGCGAUCGACCCCGCGCUCGCGCCCAUCCUGCGCGGCGUGCCGGGCGGCGACGUCGCCGGCGCGACGACGUGCGCGAAAGCGCUCGCGAGCACGGGGACGUACCCGAUGUACGCCCCGCGCGAGCAGGUCGACGCGUGGGUGAAAUGGGACGACGAGGUCCUCGCGCCGCGCGUCGCGACGUGCGUCAAAAUGCUCCGCGGCGAGACGCCGUUCGUGCGAGCCGCGUUCGACGACGCGGCGACGCGAUUAGACGCCGCGCUCGCCGAGCUCGAGCGAUACCUCGCGCCGAGGUACGAAAAGGACGACGAGCGGUUCAUGGCGGACGGCGAGAACCUCACGCUCGCGGACGUGUUCGUCGUGUGCUCGCUGUACGACGCCUUCUCGUGCGCCGUGGACGCCGCGGCGAAGGAGCGGUAUCCCAACGUGUGCCGGCUGCUGUACACCGUCGCGGCGUCGCCGGGGAUUCAAAAGGCGAUCGGGACGCCGACGAGCGUGGACGCGGUGACGAUCCCGAGUAGUGGGAAUAAUGACAGUGGCGCCGCCGCCGAAUCCGCCGCUACCGCCGCGAAGCCGCGGUCUUCGUCUCGGUCCGCGCCGGCGCCGGCGGCGACGGGCCCGCCGACGGGGACUCCGGAGGAGAUCGCCGCCGCGGAGGCGGCGGCGAGCGCGCAGGGGCUCGUCGUGAAGUCUCUGAAGGACGCGAAGAAGGCUGGCGACGCGACGGUGACGGACGAUCAGGUCAAGGCUGCCGUGGCGACGUUGCUGGAGCUGAAGAAGCGCGCGGACGCGCUCAAGGGCGUCGUCGCGGCGCCGCCGAAGGGAAAGGGUAAGGGCGGCGGCGAGAAGAAGCCGCCGCCCGCGAAGAAGGAGAAGGCGGGUAACGCCAAGGCGAUCAAAGAGACCGGGUUGGGUCUCACCGCGUCCGUGGAGGACGACUUCGGGGCGUGGUACUCGCAGGUCGUCGUCGCGGGCGAGCUCAUCGAGUACUACGAUAUCUCCGGGUGUUACAUUCUGCGACCGUGGGCGUACAGCAUGUGGGAGUGCAUCAAAGAUUUCUUCGACGCGGAGAUUAAAAAGACGGGCGUGGAGAACUGCUACUUCCCUCUGUUCGUCUCCGCCGCGAGGCUCGAGGCGGAGAAGGACCACAUCGAGGACUUCGCCCCGGAGGUGGCGUGGGUCACGAGGUCCGGGCAGAGCGAUCUGGACAUCCCCAUCGCGGUCCGACCGACGUCGGAGACGGUGAUGUACCCGCAGUUCGCGAACUGGAUCCGAAGCCACCGAGAUUUACCCCUCAAGCUGAACCAGUGGUGCAACGUCGUUCGGUGGGAGUUCAAGCACCCGACGCCGUUCAUUCGCUCGCGCGAGUUCCUGUGGCAGGAAGGCCACACCGCGUUCACGAACAAGAAGGACGCGGACGCGGAGGUGAGGCACAUCCUGGAGCUGUACCGCCGCGUCUACGAGGAACUCCUCGCGGUGCCGGUGAUUCCGGGCGUGAAAUCCGAGAAGGAAAAAUUCGCGGGCGGGCUCUACACCACCACCGUGGAGGCGUUCGUGCCCGCGACGGGACGAGGGAUCCAGGGCGCGACGAGCCACUGCCUCGGGCAAAACUUCGCGAAGAUGUUCGACAUCACGUUCGAAAACGCCACCGGCGGGCGGUCGAUGGCGUGGCAAAACUCGUGGGGGUGCACGACGCGCACCAUCGGCGUCGCCGUCAUGGUGCACGGGGACGACAUCGGGUUGGUGUUGCCGCCGCGCGUCGCGCCGCUGCAGGCGGUCGUCAUCACGAUCCCGAACACGAAGAUGUCUAAGGAGGACACGGGUCGCAUGAAGGAGACGGGCCAGAAGAUGACGGCGUCGCUGCUCGCCGCGGGCAUGCGCGCGAAACUCGACGACCGCGACAACUACACCCCGGGGUGGAAGUACAACCACUGGGAGCUCAAGGGCGUCCCGCUGCGAUGCGAGUUCGGCCCGAGAGACCUCGAGGCUGGGCACUGCGUCGUCGUGCGCCGCGACAAUCGCGCGAAGGAGACGGUCAAGCUGGAAGACUUGCCGACGCGGCUGCCGAAGCUGUGCGAGGAGAUGCAGGCGGAUAUGCUCGCGCGCGCGACGAAAAAACGCAACGAGGCGAUCACCACGUGUACGUCCUGGGACGGGUUCGUGGCGGCGCUGGACGCGAAGAAGAUGGUCCUCACGCCGUGGUGCGAGACGAAAGAGAGCGAAGAGCUCGUGAAGAAGCGGAGCAUGGACGACGGCGAGGGCGGCGCCGCGAAGACGCUGUGCAUUCCGUUCAUUCAGCCGCCGUUGGAGCCGGGGACGAAGUGUUUCGUCACGGGCGCGCCGGCGACGACGUGGGUGAUAUGGGGGCGGAGUUACUGAGGCGCGUUCUACACGAGCGAAUGUCGGGGUGGAGUUGAAUAUGUAAUCCAUUCGUUCGCGCG